AUGGCGGCCAAGCCAACGUCAUGCGACGCAGGCGAGAAGUCAUCGCUCAUGCGCCAGCUGGAGCUGCUGCUGGUGCCACUGCACCACCGCUUCCGCUAUCCGCUCCCGGUGCCGACUCACUUCACGGCGGGCGAGGGGGACGGCGCCUCGAUUGCUGCUGCUCUCACGCAUGCGCCUGGGUCGCCUGCGCUUGCUGUCGCCGGGGCGACAGGUUCGUCAUAUGCCGAUCCGGCAGGCACCGCGGCGUCGCACUUCGCUGGCGACUCAGCACAGCUCAGCGAGCAACAGCAGGAUGAGCGACUUUAUCGUUCUGCUAUGCGAGUGGUGGAGGAGCAUGUGCCCGAUUUGCUAACGUGGCAGGCGCGGGUGCAGCGCGGCGCCACGCAGGCGGGAAAUUGCUAUCGGGUGCUGGAGCGCGUGCGGAACAGCGUGUCUGCGAUGCAGCGCGUGACGGAGUCGGUGCAGAAGCAGAGCGAUCAUCUCAGCCACAACGCCUCUGCCAUGAUGGUGCGCAAGGCGAAGCUGGAGCUUGUCCGCGAUUCCUUGGAGCAGAACUUGGCGCACUUCACGCACAUCGAUGACCUGUGCAGGGAGGCAGGAAACCCCUUUUUGAAGGCCGGCUCGGCGCGCUUCUCUACACUGCUACAGGACAUCGCCAAGGAGAUGGAGUUCCUCUGCACCAACACGCAGUACAAAUCUGCCAAGCCGUACGCUAUGAAGCUCGCCGUGGCGCAGCAGACGGUCAGCGCAAUAUUGAAGGACGCGGUGCGGGCGUCGUUUCGCACCAUGGAGGCCGAAACGCUGGCCUCGCCCGCCUUUGAAGCCGCCACGCAGGUGUUGCAGGAGGACAGCGCGAUCCUCAGCGACAGCCCUCUUACCAGAGCCUCCACGUCGCCGUCGAUGGUUUCGAUGUCCGCGACAGCAGCGCCGCCGCUGCAGCUGCGCCCGCAUGACGUGGCUGGUUCUUUCGAAGAGUUCCUUGCUGCCGUGAACGACGUAUUUGUGAAGUCUGGGGACGGCUUCACGUCACUGCGGCGCAUGGCCGAGCUGCGGCAGGGCGGCUUCGGCUACUCCGGGGCGGAGGCUUUUGGGGAGGAGAUGUUGACCGCUGGCGGCCGACUGGAGGCGGAUCCUGGGAUGCGGGAGGUGAUGGACUCCUACUGCGAAGCGCGCGUUGGCGUGGUGGUGCCGCUCCUGCGCUACUGGCUCACGCUGUGGUAUUACCUUGAUGCGCAGCAGAACUCGCAGGCCGACGCGAAAACUGCCGGCAGCGUCGCGGCUGCGGUUGCCGCUGUGGGGGCGGCAUCGCCGGCCGACACCGGCGCCGGUUGGGAUCAGCUCUCUGGCGUGGCGGAGGCGCACACACUUCCGCAGUUGGCCGAGCACAUCUGUAGACUGCUUCAGCACUCCCUGGCUGCGGAGUCGGAUGUGCUCGCGCGGCUGUGGUUGAGGGACGACAUCGUCUCCCACCUUCUGCCGAGGCUUGUGCCCAGCAUUGCCGAGGAGGUGUACUACAUGUUUCGCUCUCGGCUGCUGUGCGUCGACGACGUCGGGGAGCUGUCCCGCACAGUCGAGAGCAUUCAGCGUGUGAGCCUGCUCCACAACAAUGACGUGCAGGACUCGGAAGUCGUGUCGGACCUGUGGGUGCGUAUGAUUCAGGACACUCAGGAGCGUCUCGUUUUCCGCACGAGCGUGUACCUGCGACAAACGGUGUCACGCUGCACCCCGACGCGCGAGAUCGCCAGCGUCUACCUCCGCUGCGGCACCGACGCGUACAACGCCGAGCCAGCAGCGUCCACCGGAGACGCCGCCCAGACGCGAAUGUUUUACAUUCCUGUUGUCGUGCAUGCGCUCAAGCUGCUCGACUGGCUGUACCCGACCCUGGAGUUCUCUGUCUUCUCAGUGUUUGCGGAGGAGGCGGUGCACCACAGCCUCGACAUCAUCCGGCAACUGAUGAGGCUGAUGCGGCAAAUGGACUCGAGCGACACGUUGCGAGACUCAAAGGCGUUCCUGUGUCAGCUGGCCCACCUCCAGCACCUGCAAGUGACGCUGUCCCACGUCGAUGCGAACAUCACUGUGGUGGAGAAACACAUCAGCUUAGCAGCGCUGCGCAACCGGCGGCUGGAGCUGGAGCAGUCCUCGCGGGAGUCGAAGAAGGAGGUUGAGAUGGACCUGCUCAAGUGCAGCGAGCACCUCACGACGGCCAUGUUUGCGUUGGUGACACAGCCCGUGUCCGGUGCGGCGAAGAAGAGCGAGGCAGAGCGCAUUCAGCUCGUUUCGGAGAUGAAAGGGCGCGCUGCGGGGAUGGAGCGCAUGAUUGCCUUCUACGUGGAGCACGAGGAGACGCAGCAAGACUUGAUGCAUUUGUUGCGUGAGCGCGUUGUAGAGCUCGCGGCCGAGAUGAGUGUGGAUGUGCACGCGGUUCCAGCGGCGCCAGUAAAGACGGCAAAGUUGGAAACCGAAUCUGCCGCGCAAAACGCUCCACAACGCUCUGCGACGGAGGUGGCUGUAGCACCUCUGCCACCAGCGUCAGCGCUGCAACCCGCAAGUACGGCCGCAGGUGGCAGUGCCGAUUCGCACCACGCUCCUCUGCAGUCUUCGGCAGCACCAGCAGGGGCAGCUCAGCCCGCGGCGAGCGCACCGGUAGCAUCUGUCGGCGCUACCGAUCAGUUUACCGCGUUGCCAACCCACGCCCCGAGGGCCCCUCCAGAGUUUCCGAGCCCUCCCACGGAGCGCGUGACGUACGCGUCGGCCCCGCCUGCCACGACACUCUGUCAUCAGCCGCCGUUGCAGGACUACGCAGCACCGACAGCUGGAGCACGUCCCAGCAGUCAAGACGACACGGACAUUAUCUGA